AUGUUUGAGAAUUGUCACAGAAGAAGAAAUGCAAGGAUGGCGACAGCUCCUGUCACUCACAUUUGAGGCUAACAACGUCACGUUUAUCGUCAAAUGAAUGGCCUCCCGGUCGGUACAUUAAACGUCAUGUUUAUCGUUGGUUAAAUAUUUUAUAGAAUUCAGCUGAUUGGCUAGCACUUGCAUACCAUACAAGGGCAACUGAAUCAUGGCCAAUGCAGAGUCUGCUCUGAAGAUGGCCGUGUGCCUCCUCGUGAUAGCAGAGCCGCUCCUUGCCAAGAAGGACUACUACGAUAUACUGGGAGUUCCCAAAGACGCCACUGAGCGGCAGAUAAAGAAAGCAUUUCACGGGCUCGCCAGGAGGUAUCACCCUGAUAGGAACAACAGCCCCGACGCUGAAGUGAAAUUCAGGGAAAUUGCAGAAGCUUAUGAGAUGUUAUCUGAUGUUACCAGAAGAGGAGAUUACAACCAGUUUGGUGGCAGCGCCUCGUAUUUCACAGCAGGCACGCAACAGAGGCGAAGCACGCGCCAACCAUUCAGCUUCAAAUUGGAGGACAUCUUAGAGGACUUUAACAUGGACAACCACAACAGCAGGCACGCCCGGCACAGGCAACACUUUGACGAACAUUCCCAGAGAGAAUCCCACGAGCGACACAAGAGAAACUUUGAAGGAGCCGGCUUCUUUGGUGACCUUUUCGACGAUGUUGAAAAGAUAUUCGCCUUCCACAUGCACCCGACACAGACUGAAGGCAUCUUCCACACUUCCUCCAAACAGCACUGUAGAACUGUGACGCAGCGCAGAGAGAACAUGGUGACCACAUACACGGAUUGCACUGCAAUUUAGGAAGCAAUAGCCACCUUACUUGUAUACAAUAGGUUUGUAAUGAUGAAUCAGAAAGAUACAUUUAAAUGUGAUGAGAUUUUUCUAAGGGGUGGGAAAUUUCCUGUUGAGUGGGAAAUUCCAGUAAUUCCACAUCAUUUCUGAGUCCUCUCAGCUGCUUGAGGCUCCACGUGCUGCUUCUGUUUGCUAGACUUUUGUUAAGAUGUUGGAAAACAAGGGCUGGGAUUUUGUUUGUAUCUUCUGUAGUGGAUAUUCCACCAUAGUUUCAGCAAAAAUCACGAAGUCCAAAGUAGAGGUUAAUUCCCAUGGAUAGUUUAGAAAAUUCAGGGAAUUUUGAAACCCUGAAUGUAACAUUGAAAGCUGCUGUCCCGAUUAUAAAUAUUGCCAUAAGCAGUCUUGAGAUUGAUACUGAGGCAGACUAACCACUAAGAUAAGAUAAGAUAAGAUAAGAUAUCCUUUAUUUGUCCCACACUGGUGAAAUUUACAGCCUCCAGCAGCAAGAAUGUAUGUAGAAGAAGAAAGGAGAAAGAAAAAAAAACAACAAACAUCUUUCAAUUAAAUACAAUAUGAACACAAAUGGAUAAAUCGCAGUACUAUUUACAAUUUUCCUUCACAUCAUUUAAUUAUUAUUAUGAUUGUUAUUUUUUAUUCAUCAGCCUGACAGCAGUCGGUAGGAACGAGCGUCGGUAUCUCUCCUUCUUGCAGCGCGGGUGUAACAGUCUCUGGCUGAAGGAUCUAGAUCACGUUAUGUCCCUUUUGCCACCGGCUUUAUAUUUUUAGUUGCCCCCCGCCCCCCUAGUAUUUGGUUAGAGGGCAAUGGGCUGGCUUGCAUGUCUUCAUUGCUGAUCUGAGGUUCUGGGAUUGACUCUGCCUUAGCCUUCCUGUGUGCAGUUCCUGUUCUUAUUCUCUGUGAGAACUCUUAGGUCCUGGUGUAGUUUGUACCAACCUGGGUGGGUUUUACAUUGUUGUCCACUUUUUCUCACAUUAGGGCGUGUUUCUCAGAAUAUUACAUAUGUACGAAACUGUUUUAGUGGACAGCUUGAAUAAAAUUGAUAUGGCACCCAUUUUGCCACCAAGGCCCCACAUGAAAAUGUGAUUGUGUAAUGUAGCAGUUGCUACAAACUUGAGUUUAAAAGGCAUGACUUUUCUGUUUUUGAGCCUUUGAUUUUCUUUUGAAAUGUAUCAACUGGUUUUCAGAUGUAUGUGGGAAAAGGGGUUAAGCAGUCAAGUACUACUGUCAUGCUGUAUAAAAGUUAUUUUUUAAAUACUGAAAAUAUCACCAUGCUUUCAUCGUAGUAGUCACCCACAGAAUAGAGUACCGGCAAUACAAAUGGAAACAGUUC